AAACCUGGUGUGAACUGACCAGUUACGGCUUCGACUGCGAGCAUCCGUGCCAGUGUCAACCCAAUGAGAUUUGCUUCCCUCCGACUGGAAUGUGCGGCCCAGAGUGUCCUUCGGGGUCCUAUGGAUUCAUGUGUUCACUGAAGUGUGGCCGUGGAUGCUUAAAUAGUAGGUGCGAUUACAGGAGAGGGAACUGCUCGUGUGGUCCUGGCUUCAUAGUUGAUGGCGUCUGUAAUAGAGAAUGCCCAGAAGGAACGUACGGGAUAGACUGCGUGGGGACGUGCUCUGGUAACUGCGAGGGGGAUCGUAAUUGCGACAGAGCUAGCGGCAACUGUAUAGGAUGCAUGGACGGUUAUUUCGGCUCUGGUUGCCAUUUCCAGUGCUCUUCGAGGUGCCUGACAAGGAGGUGCGACAAGGAAACGGGAGAGUGCGACAGCUGUGCCAAGGGACAUUUCGGUGGCGAUUGCAGCGGCGAGUGCCCCAAAGACUGUUUCAGUUCCGAGUGCAAUUUUACCACAGGCAGCUGUAUUCAGUGUAAGACCUCCCGGUUUGGUGUUCGCUCCUGUCAGCCUUCAGAGUGUGAAGGUCACGUCUUGGUGUGCAAUAAAACCUGCAGCACAAAUUGCAAAAACAGCUUAUGUGACGACAUAAAUGGAAAGUGUUUUGCUUGUAAAUCUGGCUUGAAAGGCUCCUACUGUGAGGAAAAUGACAGAGUGUUUCUGGUUGUUCUAUUACUUGUACUGAUGUUUCUGAUCCUGGUGACCGUGUCCAUCCUGAUCUGGUGGCUGUUAAAGAGAAAAUCUCUUGGGAGAGCUGCUGUUACAGAACCGCCUCAGCCGAAGACAAUCGAAAAAAAAGUAGAAAGUGAACCUGAACCGGAAGAGGAAGAGGAAGAAGAAGCGGAAGCGGAAGAGGAAAGCGUCGACGAGGCUGAAAGCGAAACCUCGACAUACUCUUCCUCCGUGGAUUUAUGA